GAUUCUGUUGAGGGUUCUAUUUUCUUCCAAAGGAAUCUUAUUCAAGAUGUCUACCAGAUUGACUUUUCAAGGAACUAUUCAUGGAUUACUCAUCUUUUUGAUAAUUAUGAUAUCGGCGAGUACGGUUCUUGCCAAUCGCUGUGUAGCCAAGGACGCAAUGACUGUAUGGAAACAUGAUAAGGGGAUAUUUCGCAAAGCGAAGCACUCCAACAUAUGGUCAGAGUACAACGCAAGCUAUGAGUUGAUCACUUCCUUUCGUGAAGAGAAACGAUCUCAAGACGGAGUAAUAAUUCACAACGACGAAAGUGGUGUAAGUAUUUUGCUGCGCCAUGAUAUCUGUGGGUUUAAAGCACUGGAGGAAAGCAAUUUCCAACAGCUAUAUCACGGAAGCUUCAUGAGGGUUGCGGAUUGUUCUGAAGGGAGUUAGGCACACUAAAAGCUGUAUAAUGGUGUAUUGUAUCUGCAUGUUUGCAUAUUAGCCGGUGGGUAUAAUGGAA